CCCUUUUCAUCCACGAUGGCGUAAUCAACAAGCGACCGGCAAUAGCAAAUCCUUGAGACGCUCUUGCUUUCAUGUACCUCGGAAUGGCUUUGAUACUUUUGUUGAAGAAGAAAAGGGUUUUGUCUAAGGUCAAUUUUUGUAGUUAUUUUUAAGCACGUCCUGAAACGUUGAUGUUAAGGCUUUAAAGCUCUCCCUUCUUAGCCGGGAAGUUUGCUUGUAGUUCCACUUAUGUGCCGUGCUGGCAGCUAGAGAGUCUAUGUGUGUGACAAGAAGCGUAUCUGUCAUGAAUGUUAACAAGGCUGUUUUACUUUUAAUUCUCUAAACCUUGCUUUUUAGUUUCAUUUCGUCAAAGAGUCUGUAGGCGACAUGUCUGCUGUGCUUCCGGACUACAAAUACGGCUCUGUCACAAAGUUGUCGGCUCCACCGCGUGUGCGCCCCAGCAGAGGACUGUGAAAGUUUACUGUAUUCUUGGAAAGACCGAAAACCCAGUCAGUGCCGGAAAAUGUGUUAAACUUUUAUUAAAAAGAUAAUAAAUUGUGGACCGAGACCUCUGAAGACACAAUAUGCACAACUGGGCACGUUACCUCAUCUUUUUUCAGUACAUUGGGACAAAAUACAGGGGUGUAGUAAAAGUGCCUUUAGAACAGCAGGGUAAGAAAGGGGUUCAAGACCACUUGGAGGAAGCGAUUCAGAGACUGAGGCCAAACAACCUGGUGUCUCUGUCGGUGUCCAGCAGGACGGACACAGGUGUCCACGCCCUCUCAAACUCGGCUCACUUUGAUCUUCAGCGGAAAAACGACAAGCCUCCGUUCACUGAGGACGUUCUGGUUCAAGCUCUCAAUUUCCACCUUAAGGAAGAGCAAAUCAGGGUCACCCAGGCUCACCGUGUCCCUGACGACUUUCACGCCCGUUUCCGUGCCCAGUCUCGGACCUACGUCUACCGGAUAGCGCUGGGCGUCCCACACCACACUCUGCUUCCUCUCACCGACUGGAAUCUGUGCUGGAGCCUCCGCGACACAGAGCUGGAUAUUGAUGCCAUGCGUGAGGCAGCUGCCCUGCUGGUUGGGACUCAUGAUUUCAGCAGCUUCAGGGCAGUGAACUCUGACUUGCCUUUUAAAAACCCUGUGAAGACGCUGGAUGUGGUCGCCGUCCAGCCAGGAAGCUCCUUCGCUCACUCGCACUUCCACAGACAGUUGCAAUUCUGGGAGCUGACCUUUAGAAGUCGGUCUUUUCUCUACAAGCAGGUGCGGAGGAUGACGGGCGCCCUGGUGGCCGCCGGCCAGGGACUGCUGUCCGUGUCCCAGGUCAAACAGAUCCUGGACGCUCGGGACACUCUGGCCUACCCUCAGGGUGUGGUUGCUCCAGCCCACGGCCUCUUCCUUAAAAGUGUAGAUUACAAGGAGUCGGACCUACAGUUCUCCCAAGAGCCCGACUCCACCGACGACCCAAAGAACCGAUGCUAACCUGAAUAAGUUAGUAUUUGAUGUAUGCUUAAGCUGUUUAAGAUAAUUAAUAUAAUAAAGUUUUUUUUUAUUUAAAAUAGUAUCUGUCUUGAGUUACUGGUUGUCCUAGAACAAGGCUUCUCUCAAGUGAAAAUUUGAAAAACAGAGACGCGGAUAGGCGCUCUCUCUACCAAGGCCAAUUUAAAGAGACCAAUAAAGUUAACAUGCAUCUUGUUUGAUGCGAUGAGCACACACAUUUGCACGGGGAGAACAUGGAAAAUCCGUGCAGGAAGACCCUAGGUCGGGAUUUGCACCUAGGACCUUUUUGCUGCAAUGCACCAGGGUGAACUGUGCCGGGGAACAUACAUUUCAUUAGCAUUUGGUAGAUUUGCUUUUUGAACUUUCGAGUUCAACAUUUUAUUUUUCGUCCCACAAGCUUCUGACAGUAGUUUGCUGGAGUCUUGGC